AUGCAUGUGGGGCAGAAAUUACGGACAGCGCUACGUGGACCGCCGGGACGUCUUGUGUUCAAGGUAGGCGGCGGUGAUGGAGAGCGGUUUCGCCACACUCGUCGUUUCGAUGGCCAUCGUGACGGUGUUUGGCAUGUAACAGCAGAUUCGUUACGGAAUAUAUGUGCUAGUGCUAGCGCAGAUCAAACUGCUCGUGUUUGGUCGAUGAAUUCUGGAGCAUGUCUCUACACCUACGUUGGUCAUUCCGGUUCGGUGAACUGCAUAACGUUUGCCCCACAGAGCGAUACACAGUGCGGUGAACAUAUGCUAGCGACAGCAAGUGGUGAUGAAUCUGCGCAUAUUUGGAAAGUCGCAAUCUGUUCACAAACUCUGCUCAGUUCUGACGAUGAUGAAGAAGAAAAAGCAAUUGUCGACGGUGGUGGACUAGAUAGCGAGACCAUGCAACCAAAUGUCGAAGGCACAAGGAUAAAAAAUGCGAUGAUGAGACUUACAGGACACACGGGCGUGGUGAUUGGAUGUGAUUGGCUAGCAGGUGGAAGCCAAUUGAUUACGGCUAGUUGGGAUCGUACCGCAAACAUUUACGACGUAGAACGUGGCGAAGUGCUGAACAUAUUGAGCGGUCACGAGAUGGAGCUCAAUCACUGCUCUGCGCAUCCUAGUCAGAAACUCGUCGUCACGUCAUCAAAAGAUUCAACGUUUCGCCUCUGGGAUUUUCGUGAGACUAUACAGUCUGUGGCCGUCUUCCAAGGACAUCAAGAGUGA